AUGGAUACUUCUGAGGGUGAUACAGCCCUUCAAGGUGUUGUCGACCGUGUAGGCGAUGUCCAGCAACCAACUGAGCUCGACCAGCAAGGUAAUGUCUUCGCGCAAGGCCAAUAUUUCAUCGAGGCUAACGCCCAGCAAGCCAACUUUCAUCAGCCUGGCCAAGCUCUUCAGCGAGCCCAGGUGUUUCAGCAAGACCAGGUGCUUCAGCAAGACCAGGUGCUUCAGCAAGACCAGGUGCUCCAGCAAGACCAAGCUUCUCAGCAAUAUCUUCUAGCUCUUGAGCAAUACCAAGCUCUUCAGCGAUACCGAGCUAUUCAACAAGCACCAGUUUCUCAGCAAGGCCAAGCAUAUCCCGAGACCAGCUUCGCCCAAGGCCAUGGCAACCCAAUGGCCUUCGGCAACCCCCAACAUGAUGACAUCCUGCACAUCAAUACCACAAAUCCCAUGCAUGGGGUAGUCGACAACGAGGAUAACAAUCUCGAACAGCAAGCUGCUGUUCCCAAAGAGCAAAUUGAUGCUCCCAAGCAGGGCAAGUCCAGUCCCACCAUCGCAGCCACCAAGCGCAGGAAGACAUCCAAGAAAGCGAUGAAAGGAUCCAUGCCGCCCCGACGAUCUACUCGAGUGGCCAAGGCCCAGCAAUCGGCUCAACCCGAGACAACGAGCACAACCAAGAACAGCAACCAAUCCGACAUGACCAAAGCAGCAGAGGCUCCUGAGCAAGAGGAUGAUAAUCAGCAAGGCAGCUCCAAGCAGGAAAAUCCCUAUCAGCAGCCUAGUUCAUACCAACAAGCCAACGUUCCUCAGCCUCCCACUCUCCAGCAGACCAGUCCUCAACAGCAAACCUUUGUCUACCCCCAGACUGCUGGAGAGUCCGCGACGACGAACGUUGCAAGCUAUCACCAAGUUGCUGACGGCGAGCAAAACACUGCUCAGGGUAAUGCUUACCAGCUACCCAUCUCCCUUCAACAGGGCAUUGCUCCCUGGCCCAGCACCCCCCACACCGACAAUCCCUUCCAGCCCCGUUCUCCUUGGCCCAAUCCUGCGCAGACAAAUGCAUACCAGCAGGCUGCCACCCGGGCCAAUUCCCCUCAGCACGGCACCCCCCAAGCUGACCCUGCUGCUGCAGAUGCUGCCUCACGAGAGCAGCGCCGUGCUGAGCUACGGGAACUGGUCAACCUUGACCCUGUCAGGUUGAUCAGGGCAAACGAGAGGCUGCUAGGGAUUGCUGCCCGAUACCAGGAGGCGGGACUGGCAACCCCCCUCUAUGGGCAGAACUCGUUUCGGUGUUUGGAGGAGGACGGGAUCCCAGAUCCCGGAUACGCUUGGGUCAUGCGGACUCUGCAUGCCAACCUGGCUUAUCUCCAGACUCUGGAUGAGGAGGAGAUGGCCAGGUUGGCGGGGUUUUCAGGAUGGCAAUCCUGA